AUUUUCCCCCUUUUUUUUUUCCCUUUCUUUUUGAAGAUGUUAUGCUCAACUACGAGCAGCAGUAGCCAGUUGCCUGAGAAGGAUAUUGCAAUUUCAAGUAACAAGAGUUGCUCUUUGGGCAGUCCUUUCAUUUAUGGCUUCAUUGAUCUAUUUAGUGGAUUUGGAGAAUCAUGGCACUGGACUCUGGAAAUGGAUGAUAAGAGGAGAAUGGUGUCUUCAGUUGAAUCCCAUGCAUUACAUGGUUCAAAACCUGGAUAUAAUGUUCUGGAAAGUGAACUAGAAAGGAAUCCCGAACCAUUGACAAUGGAUAAAAUUCAAGUACCAUCACCUUCACCUGUUGUCAAAUUGGAUUCCCUCAAGGAAGAGAGUGACAAUGACAAGAGCAUUUCAACUUCUGACUCAAGCAGUUCUUCGAUGGAAGACAUGAUCAAAAACGGUAUGGUUGGGGAGAAGGAGAAUUUUCCUCUUGAGGAUCAUAGCAAAGAGGAUCAUGAUGAGGAUCUUGAAGGUGAGCCUUGGGAGACAUUGUCCUCUUCCUCCUUAAGUCAUGAUCAAGCAUCAGAAACCAUUGAAAAAGAUUUAAUGAUGGUUCAUUUGCUUCGCCUUGCUUGUGCUUCUAAAGGACCAUUAAGUGAUAAUCUGCAACAAAUUAUCAGUGAGCUGUCCGGUAUAGGGAUCUUUCCAGAGUGGGUGCAAGAUUUAGCUUCUAAACCAUCUUCAGUCUUCAAUAAAACCUUUGAUCAUGUUUUCCAUCAAUAUACAAUUUCAUCCAAAGUAUCUCAGUUUUGGAAGCCUGUUACUGCUUUAGAAGGGCCAAGUGCAUCUCUACCAAGCUCUCGCUAUCUCAAUGACUUUGAGGAGCUAAAAUCCCUUGGCCAUGGUGGUUUUGGCCAUGUUGUAUUGUGCAAAAAUAAGCUAGAUGGAAGACAGUAUGCAGUGAAGAAAAUUCGCCUCAAGGACGAAAGCUUGCCGAUUAAUGACAGAAUAUUGAGGGAGGUAGCUACACUUUCACGUUUGCAGCAUCAGCAUGUUGUACGCUACUAUCAAGCAUGGUUUGAAAAAGGAGUUGCCAGUUCAUGUGGUGACAAUAUAUUGGGUUCAGGAACUGCAACAAGCUCUAUAUUCAGCUAUACAGGUGCUGGUUCAACUGACAUCCCUGGACAGGAGAAUAAGCUUGAAUCAACUUAUCUAUAUAUUCAGAUGGAAUAUUGCCCUAGGACUCUUCGCCAGGACUUUGAAUCAUAUAAUCAUUUUGACAAGGAGUUAGCAUGGCAUUUGUUUCGCCAAAUUGUAGAAGGUUUGGCGCACAUACAUGGGCAAGGAAUCAUCCAUCGGGACUUGACUCCUAAUAACAUCUUUUUUGAUGCACGGAAUGAUAUUAAAAUUGGAGAUUUUGGCCUUGCAAAAUUCUUGAGGUUUGAGCAGGUGGACCAGGAAGUUGGUGUUUCUACAGAUGCAGCUGGAGUUUCACUUGAUGGUACUGGUCAAGUUGGGACCUACUUUUACACUGCACCAGAAAUUGAACAUGGAUGGCCAAAGAUUGAUGAAAAGGCUGACAUGUACAGCUUAGGAGUUGUGUUCUUCGAGCUUUGGCAUCCUUUUGAGACAUCAAUGGAGAGACAUGUUGUUUUAUCUAAUUUGAAGCAGAAAGGAGAACUUCCUGCUGCAUGGGUUGCUGAAUUUCCGGAACAGGCAUCCUUGUUAAGGCACUUAAUGUCUCAAAGUCCAUCUGACCGUCCAUCUGCUACUGAACUAAUACAAACUGCAUUCCCUCCACAAAUGGAAUAUGAGCUAUUAGACAAUAUUUUACGUACAAUGCAGACAUCUGAGGACAGAAGUGUGUAUGAUAAAGUUGUUAAUGCUAUCUUCAAUGAACAAAUAUUAGAAAUGAAAAGCCAUCAUCAGCAUGCAAUUGUUCGACAUGACACCACCUCCAUCCAGUUCACAGAUGUAGACACUGAAAUCCGUGAUUAUGUUGCUGAGGUUACAAGGGAAGUGUUCAAACAACAUUGUGCGAAGCGUCUGGAAAUAGUGCCCAUGCGUUUAUUGGAAGAUUGUCAACAAUUUAACAGGAAUACUGUCAAACUUUUAACUUAUGGAGGUGAUAUGCUGGAACUUUGUUAUGAGCUGCGUCUGCCUUUUGCUAAUUGGGUUAUAGCAAACCAGAAAUCUUCCUUCAAGCGUUACGAAAUAUCAUCAGUUUAUAGAAGAGCAAUUGGUCAUUCACCACCAAAUCCUUAUCUUCAGGGUGACUUUGACAUCCUUGGAGGUGCAUCAGCUCUGACAGAGGCAGAGGCUCUCAAGGUGACUAUGGACGUUUUAGCUCGAUUUUUUCAGUUAGAUCUGUGUGGUAUUCAUCUAAAUCACGCGAAUCUACUGGAGGCAAUUUGGUCUUGGGCAGGAAUUAAGGCAGAGCAUAGACAGAAAGUUGCAGAGCUUCUCUCAAUGAUGGCUUCUCUACGCCCUCAAUCAUCCAAACGGAAGUCAAAGUGGGUAGUAAUAAGGCGCCAACUCUUGCAGGAGCUUAAUUUAGCAGAAGCUACUGUAAAUAGGUUACAGACUGUUGGUUUAAGAUUUUGUGGAGCUGCAGACCAGGCCCUUCCUCGAUUAAGGGGAGCUUUGCCAACUGAUAAACCUACUCGCAAGGCACUUGAUGAGCUGACCGAACUCUUUAGUUACCUGAGAGUUUGGAGGAUUGAGAAACAUGUUUAUGUAGAUGCCCUCAUGCCACCAACUGAGAAUUACCACAGAGAUCUGUUUUUCCAGAUAUACCUUGAGAAGGAUAACCAUCCUGGUUCACUUACUGAUGGUGGAUUGCUUGCUGUUGGCGGGCGGUAUGAUUAUUUGCUUCAUCAAAUGUGGGAUCAUCAAUCUAAAACAAACCCACCAGCUGCUGUUGGCACUAGUCUUGCACUAGAGACAAUAAUUCAGCAUUCUUCUAUAGAUUUUAAUCCUAUAAGAAAUCAAGCUGCUACCAACAUCCUUGUCUGUUCUAGAGGAGGGGGUGGUUUAUUGGUAGAGCGUAUGGAACUAGUUGCUGAGCUUUGGGAGGAGAAUAUCAAGGCUGAGUUUGUCCCAGUACCAGAUCCAAGCCUAACAGAGCAGUAUGAAUAUGCAAGCGAGCAUGAUAUAAAAUGUCUUGUUAUCAUAACAGAAAUGGGUGUAUCUCAAACUGGUAUUGUUAAGGUAACACUAACCUGGAAGCUUGCUCAAUUUUUUGUGCUCUUUUCUGUAGGGGUAUGGUUGGCCUACUGUGAAUUCAAUAAUAAUAUGGGUUUUUAUUAUCAGAAGGAAUGAUUUUAUUGGAAAGCAUAUGAUAACCUUCUAACUUGGACUUAUAUGUUGUCCAAUGAGAUGGUUGGCAAAAUUUUGUGUGGAAUGUGUAGAAUUCUUUAUUCCUCUGAAUAUAGCAUUUUUUUAUUAAAUGAUAAUGUUAACAGGUUCGGUAUCUCGAUCCUAAGAGGGAGAAAGAUGUUGAGAGGGAAAAUCUUGUCAGAUUCCUGCUGGAUGCAAUUGCAACACAGUUUAGAAACCCUUCUAUUUGGAAUUAGGUCUGUCUUUCUGCAAAGUACAGGUUCUUAUUAGCCAUAUCACAAUCACAUCUUUAUUAUUUUCUUUGAGGAUAUUUUUGUUUGCUAUUUAAUCUCUGUAAUUAACUAUAUAUCUUCUAAUAAUGGGUAUACGACAGAUGGGAUUCCAUUCACCUCCUCUCUUCUUGCAAAGAAGUGAAACAUAAACAAGAUUAAGACAGGCAUCAUUUUAAAAGGAUGAAACUUCAGGUGAUAAGCUUUGCAGAUAAUGUAUACAUAUAUCUUGUAUAGUUUUUCUAUUUGCCUUGUUUUAUAUUUGUUUUAGAGCUUCUUUGGUAUCGCUGUUCUUACAAAUCACAAAUGCGAAUGAUAGGGUUCUUCCAGAAGCAUUGUAAAGCUAAAAUUUUGUUUUGCAAAUCUGACAUAAAUAAAGGUACAGUGCAAUA